UUGUAUCAGACUUGUUCAAAAACUAAACAUUUGUUGGAGAAAAAGUUAUGGUGAGUGUAGUGGGAGAGAUGUUUUGUAAUCCGUACACGACGGAGCUAGUGGUGAGAAGGCGACGUGAGAGCCUGAAAAAGGAACGCUACGACGUUUUCGAUCUCUCUAACAAUCUCAUCUUCACCGUCGACGGUGGUAUUUGGGACAUCCGCCGUAAACGUGUCCUCCGUGACGCCACGGGAACUCCUCUUCUCUCCAUGCGCACUAAGGGACUUAUAACGAUGAGAUACAAUUGGGAAGUAUACAAAGGAGAAAGCACAGAAUCUGAAGAUCUUCUUUUCUCAGCAAAGGAACCAAAUCUAUUAUCCUUGAAAACAUCACUUGAUGUCACUUUACCGCCAAACCAAAAUUCAACAGACAUAAUUAGUAGUAUCGAGCCAGAUUUUCGAACAUUUGGUCGUUAUAUCGGCUCUUCUUUCAAACUCUUUGAGCAAAUUCACAAUACUCUUCUUGCUGAGGUGGUUCAUGAUUUCACAUGGGGAGGACUUAUAAAAGGGAGUUACAGCUUCAAAGUGAGAGUGAAUCCAUAUGUAGAUUUCGCAUUUGUCGUGGCGUUACUUGUAAUCGCGGAUGAUACUUCCAAUCUACGUUAGACAUAGAGUUCUACUAACUGUCAGUCACAUUUUGUUUAUUUUAUUUUAUAAAUGGGUACAUCAAUAUAUAUUAAUACUUUAAUAGUAUCAUGAAAUUGAUGAGUGUUUUUGGAUAACAUUUUAUGAAAAUUUUGGGGCAUCAUGGGACAUUAUCUCAGAAAAAACACAUCUAGUUUCAAUGAAUGUCAACAUUUGCGUCACUACAUUAUCCCACGAUUAAAUUUAAAUACUAUUAAAUACGCCCAUGUAGACUUUUAUAACUUUUAUCUUCCAACUUGAUUAAUGUUUUUUUAUAUAGUUCCGUUCUGUUAUUAUCGUUCCAAUCGUCGACACACCAAUUUGACCAUACGAACGCCAAAAGAGAGAUCACGACAAUUAAUGGGUGUCCACAUCCACAAAAAGACGCACAAGUGACCUUCCUCGUUGCUUCCCACUCCCCUAAUCUUUCUCUUUCAUAAUUUUACCUCUUUUUAAAAAUUAUUUGCGUCCACGAUUACAUUAUAAUAUCACUUUUGCAUUUAUAUUUCUUCCAUUAAAAAAAGACAAA